UACGAGUGGUGGGAUGCGCGAAGCGUCGAAUCGCCGACCUACACGAUACGUCCGAGCGUAGUAAUAGUAGCACAUAUCCUACAUAGUUCGGGCACGACUCGUUCCUCUACAUAUUUUUAUUAUAUACAUAUAUAUAUGUAUGUAUAUAUAUAUUAUAAAUAAACGCGUUCGUAAUGUUUGAAUUCCGCCUAAAUUCAGUGGCGUAUAGUGCUAGGUUAUGAAGUGUGCAUCAAGUUAAACGAUGAGUUUGAAAACUUAGCCUUUGCUGAGUGCUAUGACGUUUAGGUACAGGGGCCCCGGGCCCCCCCCUUGGAUUUUUGUUUUUUACGUAUUUUGUGCGCUGGUGCAAUUGUUUAAUAGCUUUGCCGAUGCCGAAAAGAGCAAAUAUUAUUCCAUGCAAUCCCUGUGCAAGACCCAUUUCUUGCAACAGUUGUACAGGAAAAUCGACGGUGCCGUCCUCUGGUCUCAGAACGAGAGAAAUUUGGAUUGCGUGAUCACUUUCCAGACGCAUUCGAUACUUCAGAGGUUCAUGCUUAGAUUCGAUGGCCUCCAGUUGGACUGCAACGAUCACCUUUACAUCUACGACGGUGCUCAUGCUGUCGGAACAUACAAGUUUGAUUUGUCGUGCAAGAACACCAAGCAGACGCUGGGCGCCAUGUUCACGCGUACCAAUUACGUGACGUUAAAGUACGUCACCGAUGCCUGGGGAACCGAUUCCAAUGGCUUCAAGCUUGUCAUAACAGCGGUUAAAGAUUUAAAACAUGCUUGCACAGAAUUUAGGUGCAACCUUCGAGAUUUCUGCAUAGCAACCGAUCUAGUAUGCGAUGGUAUAAACCAUUGCGCAGAUGGCUCAGAUGAGUCCUCAGUCAACAGCCUGUGCCAAAAUAAUGACACAGGCACAAUAUUGGGUUUGGAGGUGACCUGGUUUGUAGUGGUUGUGAUAAGCACCCUUCUAGUCCUCCUCGUGCUUAUCGUUGCGGUCUCGAUAUGCUUGUGCAGACGGGGCUUCAACGAUCGUCAAGGAAACGGCACAGUUCAACAACAAAAUGCUUCCUACUCACUUCAGCAGAUGUACGGUUCGAACGGCGCCAUCAAAGGCGGCGGGUCUUCGAUGACGACGCUGACGCAGGUGGGGGGCGGCGUGAACCACCACCACCAGCACCAGCACCAGAACAAUCAGCACCAGGGAAACUGGGUGCACCCUGCGGUCCCACUCGGGUUCCCAUUCAGCAUGCAGGUCCGGGCCCGCCUCUACUGCCAGGCAAAGUGAGGCCGACGCCGCAGAACGGCAACACCGCCAACAGUGUUGCCGUUCAGCAGGCAAACGCCGCCGAUCAGGCGGACGUCGUCUCCAGCCAGAAGGACGAGUGGUUCGUCUAGCAGCAGGUGUGACCGGAUCAAGGUCUGCAGGGUGAGCCGGACGUAGAACCCAACGUUCGGCCAAAAUUACCAAAACUAAAAAAAAUUAACAUCUUUAUCGACAAUAUACAUCAUAAUCAUUGUCAAAAAAAAUCAUCAUGGAAAAAAACGGUG